AUGGUAGGUCGAAAAACCCCCGCCUCAAUCAACACGGCCUACAAUGUGUUAUUGGAUUUAGAAUGUCAGGAGCAAAGACGCUUGCUUGAUGGCGGCCAGCCGAGAGUUUCUCCAGGUCGAGGAAUUCCAACCCAACCGAGGCUAUUACGGCCCAUGUAUGCCACCUCGAACGUCCAACUCUCUCCACUCUUGCAACGGACGCCGAAGACCGGAGAAGAUGCCUUAACGCCACGCGGAGUGAUCCGUUCGGACGAAAUCCAUGAAAAGUCUUACGGCGAGGUGGCCAUGGACGAUUCGAAGCUUGAAGCAGGAGACACGACCACGCUCAUAGGCGGGCGCAAAUUCGAUAAUGAUGAUGAUGGUGAUGAUGAUUGGAAUGAUCCUGGAGAAGGCCUGGGCAGAGUGACGUUUCUCUGCUUGAUCACCGUCGCCCUCGGCCUGCUUGGUCUGUUGUUGUUCAUGGGAAAAGCCAUCGACACUUUCGAUGAGACGGGAAGUGGCAAAGGCCUCUCCAAGCUGCUUGCCAAUCAUUCUCAAGAGUCCUUACUAGCAACCUUCCCGUUCUCGCCCUCUUAUUAUCUCAAGGAUUGUCCAUCAUCUCAGCCUCAAGUUGGCCAUGCGCACCCAUCAACUCCGACCCCUCAUUCUUCGAUGGGCCUAUCUUCUACCUUCGAGCUUAUAGAUCAACCCUCUUCUUCUCUAGCCACCAUUCAAAAUCAAACAGCUUAUUCUGAAACCGAUCAAGAUGGAAAACCAAUUUGCGAAAAAAGUUUAACAUACCUUUUGGAUGAUGACUUUGGAUUUACUUUCCAUUUGAAUGCCAUUUCCCUUGCCGCUUCUUUGGCAGAGAAAGAUUCUCGAGCGUUCUUCAUCGUUGACGCUGAAUGGGACCGCGGCACCUGGAGAGAUCAUUUCACCAAAUUACCUGAUCCUGGAUGUGCGCCACCACCACCCAGCGAAAUGGUGGGUUGUCCCCGCUCGACGAGACAUUGGAUCUUAACGUCCUCGAUCCUCUCAGCCCAUUUUACGAAGGAUUUCGACGACAAUUUUGGGGAUAUCGAAGACCCAGAUCAAGUGAUCCUAGAGCCUGUGGCAGGGAUCAUACCUUAUUCGAGAAGAUCGAUCUACGACAUGGCUCGGUCCACCCUCAUGCGUCUUUUCAUCCUUUCAGAAACCGAUGACCAACUGAUUCACAAGACCAAGCAAGAGAUCAUCCAGUCUGCCGUCUGGGGCCCUAGCUCUGACCACAAUCUUCCGCCCUUUAUCUCCGUUCAUAUCCGAAAAGGCGACCGACAUCCUCACGAUCCAGCACACAAGUACGAUUACGUGCCCAUCAAUUAUUACAUCGAUAACAUCAAUUCUACUUGGACAAGAUUGAGAGAAGCCGACUCUACUCUUCCAGAGAGUCCAAAUGUAUACCUUGCCUCUGACACGCCUUUGGCUCUUGAACAAAUGCGUGCACUGACGCCUGCCAGCUGGAAAUUCUUCCAUUUAUCGGAGGCCAAGUCGCCCGAGAUAAGCAUGAUUGCCCACCCGCACGAAUAUUCGCAGCUGCAUUUCCAUGCACACAUUCUGAGCGAACGGGUUGGUUACACCAGGGGACAGAUCAUUGACAUGGCUUUCCUUGGGGGUGGAUGGCCCAAGCCCGACGGCUCGGUCAUGCUGUCUUCAACCGAUUUCGAGAAGCCUUUGGCUACUAUUUGUACUGUUUCUUCUAACAUGUGCCAGUUUGCUGCCCUACAGUUAGGCUGGACCGAAGCCUUCGAAGAAUCUAAAUGGAUCAAUCUUGAUCUACCGCUCUCGGUUGGAUGGAUGGGCAUUGAGGUACCAGCCGCCAAUACUGGCGACUCGAAUCCAGAUGGACACGGUCAUGGUGGAGCGCACCAUUCACACUAGAAAAACCCUUCCCAAAAUGCAACUAAUUAAGAG